AUGUUCGGUGCCCGAGCCCGUGCUGCAGAGUAUCAUGCUUUCCAAAAAGCUAUUGCAAGACAGGCGAGCCGUGAAGCAGAAGAACACAAGUUGCCUCCUAAGCCUGCCCCGAUUUCUCUAAGCGCCUUCACCAAGAAUCCUCAACUGAAUCGCAACAAGGGUCCUAAAGCAUGGAAGCCUUUGAUUUUGGAAGAUACCCCCGAAGAUGACAAUGACAUUCUCGAGGAUAAUGAAGACACUCUCUCGACCCCGACCCGUCAGAAAGGAGUCGACCGCAGUGGCUCCAUCAGCCAUGAUUCUGACAUUGCUCUCGUGCCGAGUAACCCCCAGCCAACAUGGCUCGACGCCAACGACCUCAGCGCGACAAUCCCCACAGCGCCCAAGGCGAUGCUGAGAACGAUCUCGCAGGCACCAUCGCCGCUUGUCAACCCAACUCCUCGACGUAUCCAGCCACAUGCAAUCGUUAAGCAAGCGCAACAAAGCGGCCAACCCAGUGUGAAUAGCUCCCCGAGCAAUCUCUCUGGAAUCAGUGGGUUCCCAUACCCUGGUUUGACAUGGUGGUUUGACUCACAUGGUAUGCCCGUACUAGGUCCAGCCGCGAUCCCCCUCUUCCAACCAGGUCAACAUCACGGCAAUUUGAUGGUCCCGGACGACAUCAGCCCUUCCAAGCAGGAGAACAAACUCGCCUCUUUGUCCCAUGAACACAUGGGCCCAUCUUCUGGUUUUGUCAUCCCACAUCAUCACCUCAUGCCCAUGCCCGAGAUUAUCGAAAGCUCGAUGGUGGCCCCGAUGACAUUUGCUCACUAUGAAGAGGAAGCCGGUCCUGGAAAUCAUUCUCAAACCUGGAGCCUUGCACCGGGUCCAAUCGAGCGUCCGGUGAUGCAACACGUGAAUUCAGACAGCGCUGUCAACAUGGAUGGACACAUCCCCAACGCUUCUUCUCUGCCCAUGCCGAAUGCUAUCAGACGGUUCUCAUACCCCACUGCUGUCGGCGAGCCAAUGGAGCAAGGUUCAAUAACAAAGCCAGCAGCACACCGGCUUGCUCAGCAUGCCACCCACCCAGUUCUUGUCUUGCCGGAUGAAGAACCAUACGACCGAAAGAAUAAGAUGCAGAGCUUUGUCGCAGCACAACAGGCGUUGGCAAAGACAGGGAAAACCGUUCUGCGCAACCCCGAUUUACAUCGAGUGAAAGUGCUUGAUUCGGCUUCUCCAGCUCACUCCACCAGUGAAACAACAACACCAGAGCGUACCCGCCUUGUCCCGACGUAUAGCCCAGAAUCCAUUAUCAUUCGAAAGCCUCCACCCGGCCUUGAUUCACAGCUCCACCCUCACCAAGCCUUUGGACAAAGCACCAGCAAAGCCUCCUCUCCCUUUGAUACCUCCACUUUGCGAGAGAUCUUUGGGGUUGGAAAGGAGGAUUGGUUUGAGCUCAAACCUGUUAGCAAGAACCAACGCAUGAUGAUGAACCGAGUCAUGAGGAUGUGUGCCAAAGCACAGAGUCCUGAUGCACCACAGGGCUUUUUACAGGGUACAAAGACGGGGAGAAAAGAGAGUCUCCAAAAUUGGAUGCGAAUCGCCAGUAGAGAUAACAAACCAGCUACAGGUACACGAAAGCUGUUUGAGCAGGUUUCUAAGGAAUGCCAUGCCACUCGCGCGUCCAUUGGUGGCAGCGGCGAUGGUGCAUCGAGCGACCAAAGCUCCGACGCAGAGAUCGAGGGCGCAGCGAUUCGCGCAGUUGGAGACAUCCUGGCCAACCUGACGGAGUCGGCAGAUUCAUCGGACUCGGGAGUGGAUUUGGCCAACAUGGGCUGCAAGUACAAGCCAGCACCGGAGUAUGCAAUUGAGAGAGGUGCGCUCUUGAUGGGCAACAGCGGAAGCACCAGCUUCUUUGAAGAGAACACCGGUGGUUUCUACAGCGCUCCCAGCAGGAUUGCCCGUGAUCCUAGAUUUCGACCAGCGGGAAAAGAAGCUGUCAAGGUCAAGUCAGAGGAGGAAUGGAAAGUCCGGCACGACAUGUAUGGGAGAAGACGACUGUGA